ACCGCAACGCACUGACAAGUGACUGUGGGGGAACCUUCGACACACAGCGUUAUCCGGGGAAGUUCAUUGUCAUUGCACCAGUGUCAGGAAGUGUGCAUGUUUUGAAAGAUGGCGGAUGUUCCUAGUGAUGCGCCAGAACACUGUCCGGGCACAAGCAGUGACCAGGCUGGUAAAUCAUCAGCCUGUCAAGGAUGCCCAAACCAAAACAUAUGUGCGUCUGGUGCUGCCAAAGCUCCUGAUCCAGCCAUAGAAGAAAUUAAGCAGAAAAUGAUGUCUGUAAAACACAAGAUUCUGGUUUUGUCUGGAAAAGGGGGUGUUGGGAAGAGCACGUUCAGCGCACAUUUGUCUCAUGCAUUAGCUAGUGAUGACUCCAAAGAGGUUGCCCUGCUAGAUGUGGACAUCUGUGGGCCAUCUAUACCAAAAAUAAUGGGGUUAGAGGGGGAGCAGGUUCAUCAGAGCGGCUCAGGCUGGUCCCCAGUGUAUGUUGAGGACAACUUGGCCGUCAUGUCCAUCGGCUUCCUGCUCAGUAGUCCAGAUGAUGCCGUUAUCUGGAGAGGCCCCAAAAAGAAUGGCAUGAUAAAACAGUUUCUGAGAGAUGUGGACUGGGGAGAAGUGGACUAUCUGAUCGUAGACACACCUCCAGGAACAUCUGAUGAGCAUUUGUCCAUAGUGCAGUAUCUCAGCGGCGCUGGGAUCGAUGGAGCCGUCAUCAUCACCACCCCGCAGGAAGUCUCUCUGCAGGAUGUGAGAAAAGAGAUCCGAUUCUGCAAAAAGGUCAAAUUGCCCAUUAUAGGUGUGAUUGAAAACAUGAGUGGCUUUGUUUGUCCUAAAUGCAAGAACACAUCACAGAUAUUUCCUCCAACCACAGGAGGAGCACAGAGAAUGUGUGAAGAACUAAACCUCCCUCUUUUGGGCAGAGUACCCCUGGAUCCACGGAUAGGGAAAAGCUGUGACGAGGGAAAGUCUUUCCUGACUGAGGUUCCAGACUCUCCUGCUGCAGUGGCCUAUCAGAAUAUUGUCCAGAAAAUCCGAGAUUACUGUUCUUCCAAUUCUACAUCAGAUGAACCUUGUUGAUGCAGAAAUGUACAACAGAUCUUUGUCCAGCCAGCUGGCAUAUCUAUGAAUUCACACAACAAAGUAUUCAGUCACAAAACAAAGGUCAUAAUGAAUUUUGCUUUCUGCUCAUCACUCUUGGUCACUUUUAUAAACUUCUUUAAAGGGCAAAUGGAAAAUUUUGCCUUUUAAGUCUGAAUUCCUGGUUUACUUCAAACCACUUUUUUUUUUGAGGAUGGAAAAAAUAGUUUCUAAAAUUUCUAAAACAACGUAUGUAAAAAUGAAGUUGUGUUAUAAAUUAGAAAUCAAAUCAGAAGUCACAGUCCAAUCCAAGAAUGCAAAAUUUGUACAUCGUAAAUGAUAAAGGUGAAACAUAAAUAGUUAUUACUGUGAUGACAAAGGGCAUGUUUCAGCAGGCCAAGAGAAAUUAUAUUGUAUUUCAUUAUCAGACAGAUGUAGAAUGUAGGUCGCACAGUGACGUGUCCGGUCAGUGUGAUGUAAUGGCUAUGAUGUUUAAUUUUGCUAAUAAAUUUCUUAAGAUAAUUUCUAAAUCCAA